AUGGAAGAUUCGCGAUUCCGCCCUCAGCAGGCGCCGAGGAGCGAGCCGCCCGUCAACCCGCUUGUCUCACCUGCUCGCGGUGCCGCUCGUAUCCCUCAACAGCAACAGCAGCAGCCGUCGAGCCACGACUUGCGCUCCUCCUUACCUCGCCGCUUCACCACCGACUCGGGCCGUGUGCCAACUCUCUCUUCAAUGAGCUCCUUAACCUCUCCACCCCGUAGGGCCGACAUCCCUCAAGACUAUAACGGAUCCCAAGAAUAUAAUAAUACGCUACAUAGGGUCCAAUUGAUUGAGAAGAAGCGGUUAGAAUAUGAGAGGAUUCGAGAACAGAGACGGCUCUUUGAGAUCGAGAUGCACGCAUUAGACCAGAAACAGCGACGAGAGGCGCUGGAAUUGGUGCGAAUGGAAGAAGAGAUGAAUCGAUUCGCCGGGCACCAAUCUGAGCCGACAACCCCUCCCGAAUAUCGAAACACCAACAACGGCUUUCCUUCCAUCUUCUCGCGGCCGAAUCGCUUCUCGACUUCGAGCAUAACUUCUCCCCCGGGCUUAUUUGGCCGACCAGCUCGCUCCGGUUCGCUAUUGGACUCUCCUGUCCACGGCACCAGCUCGCUCCAGCAGUCAUACGGGCUAGAUGAUGCCCAAGUGCCAUCGCGAUCUGUUCCUAUUACGCGCCGCAACAGCGAUGACGAUGAUAAAGAGGACGCUGUUCGUCAAGACCCGAGCAGUCAGCGGUCUACAAACUCGUAA